AUGUGUAAACCAAUCAUUCAAAAACUUCACGAAGAUGAAGUUACAAAUAGUUACAAGUUUGUAAUUGAAGUUAAAGAUGCUAUAACACACAUCCUUAAAACUUCCUCUUUAAUAAUGAACAGAUGUAAUGUGUUAAUGACACAGAUAGAUACAGCUUCAGAAAAUUUUACUGAAAAAGAUCUUGUGAGUAGUAAAGUACAUCAUGAUCCAGGACUCAGAACUAAAAUAACUUCAGAUAAUCAAAGAAAAUACCUAAUCAUGUUAGGCCCACAUCAACCAAAACUAAACAUUUACCCAAAGCGAGAAGCACAUCGUUUUAAUCCAUCUUGGUAUACUGAAUACCCACACUUGGAAUAUAAUACAGCGAAAGAUGCAGCUUACUGUUUUGUUUGNAGUACAGCGAAAGAUGCAGCUUAUUGUUUUGUUUGCAGUUUAUUUUCUGAUGUAGCUGGUCGUCAAAAAAGUAAGGGAUAUUGGAACGAAAUCGGCGUAACUGGAUGGAAAAAAAUGAAAGGCUCCAGUGGUGUGAAUAAAAUGGGAAAAUUACAGAAACAUUUCACUUCUGAAGCGCAUAAAUCUGCAUUGGCUGAUUAUUGCAACUACAUGAAAAAAUCGAAUAACAUUGAUGUUAUUCUUGACAAAACAGUUCGUGAGCGAAAAAUUCUGGAAGAGAGCAAUCAAAAUUUUCACAAAGAAGUAAUUUGUAUCUUACUGGAUGUAACCAAAACCCUCGCUAGACAAGGUUUAGCGUUCAGAGGAAAAGAUGAUGAUGAAAAUGGUAACUUCAGACAAAUUACGUAUUUACUUUCUAGGCACUGCCCAUUGUUAAAGAAAUGGCUCAAUGAUUCUUGCUAUCGGCUAUACCAUUCUACAUAUUUGAGUCCUCAAUCUCAAAACGAGUUUAUAACCAUCCUUGCGUCAUCAGUGAACAAAACUAUAAUAGAAAAAGUUAGGGAAUCCGGACAGUUUUCUGUAAUGGCUGAUACUACGCCUGACUUGUCCCAUACAGAUAGGCUAUCAGUAGUUGUAAGGUUCGUCAAUAAUGAAGGUACAGCAGAAGAAAGAUUAAUAGAAGUCCGCGAAGCUUUAAAUAAGACUGAUGUAGGAAUGGCAAACGACAUAUUUGACACAUUACAAAAAAAUGAGUUAGAUCCUGAUAAUCUUGUUUUUCAGUCGUAUGAUUUUGCCAGCAGUAUGUCUGGAGUAUUUAAUGGUGCACAAAAAAAAUUAACUGAAAUAUUAGGUAUAAAAAUACCUUAUAUUCCAUGUCAAGCUCAUAGAGUCAACACAUUUAUUGAACAUGGUUGUGAAGCUAGUCUUAUUAUAUCUGAUAUGUUUUCAGUAAUGCAAGAAAUUUAUGUAUUUUUUUCUUCGAGUACAAAGCGAUAUUCUCCAUUACUGAAAAAACUAGCUGAUAUUGAAACUGCUUUAAAACUCAGAAAUUUAUCCAAAACGAGAUGGACAGCACGUGCUGAGGCAAUUAAAUCUGUUUGGUCAUCGUUUCAUAUAAUUAUUGAAGUUUUAGAUGAGAUAACAAAUACAAAAGACAAAUUCGAUAAAUCUACUAGAAAUGCAGCAUAUUCUUUAUCAAAACGUUUAAUUUCUGUUUUAAGUAUUAUUUUUAUGAAAAAUGUUAUGUAUAAGAUGAAGUUGUUAACUGAGUGCCUCGAAUCAACUGAACUUAACAUAGCUGAUGCAAUCAUAUUCAUGUCAAGUACUCUAGAAUCAUUAAACAUUAUUAAUUCUGAUGUAGAUGGCAUGGACAACCUUAUAGAUAGUUCAAUAGCGUUUUUGAAGUCGUUUGAUGUGGAUGCUGAAAAAGAAUUUCUAGUUCGUCAUAGACGUCGACUUGUACCUAAGCGCUUUGACAAUAAUAGAGAUAAUGCAGCUAAUAUGUCAUUUAAAAUGUUUUAUAGAAAAGAAUAUAAAUCUGUUUUGGACGAGCUCAUAUCACUGAUGAAAAAUCAUUUGGAAAAUUGCAUUAGUACAAUUAAACCAUUAUUUAAUCUAUUCAACCCCCCUUUAUUAAGGAACAACUUAAUCGAAAGUAAAAUUCAAGAUGCAGUGAAUUUUUUACCCAAACAACUUGUUGUAGAUUCUCUAAAUUUACAGAUUGAAUUAGAAAUACUUUACGACCAAUGCAAAGAAGUAAAAACUGUUUCAGAUGUAGUUGGACUUUCAGAACUAAAAAAAUGCUUCCCAUAG